AUGAAUAUAGUACUACUAACUCUAAGUGUAUCAAACACUCUCAUAUUUACUUUAUUCGUCUAUUAUGUUCCGAUAAUCAUACAAAAGCUAUCUGAGAUUGACCAGUUUGUCAAGGUUGAAAUCAAUGACAUUUCUGGCUUGCACAAUUCUGCUUGGUAGGUCAUAUCAUAAUUUUUAAAAUUUUUAGUAAAUUUGUUUUUUAAUUUAAACACUUUUUGUAGUCAGCACAACCUCCAAAGCCAGAAAUUUAAAUGUAAUGUCAAGCAGUAAAUACUUGACUUGAGUAUUAUUAUAUAAUACAAAGUUGGAAAAGAUACUUUUGUACAAGAUAUUGUAGGCGGUUGCUACAAAAAACAAAGUCGUUCAAUAGCAGAAGAGACAAAAGAGCAACUUCAACUCAAUGCUUUUGUGACGUAUACAACAAUUGUCCUAGCGGUGCACCGGGCAAAGCUGGUGCUGCUGGGUUGGAUGGAUUUCCUGGUAAGACUUAGUCUGGCUUUAAAACCCUGUCCUGCCUUUGCCUUGCCUUUGCCAUUGCCUUGACAUUGCCUUGCCUUUGCCCUGCCUUUGCCCUGCCUUUGCCCUGCCUUUGCCCUGCCUUUGCCCUGCCUUUGCCCUGCCUUUGCCCUGCCUUUGCCCUGCCUUUGCCCUGCCUUUGCCCUGCCUUUGCCCUGCCUUUGCCCUGCCUUUGCCCUGCCUUUGCCCUGCCUUUGCCCUGCCUUUGCCCUGCCUUUGCCCUGCCUUUGCCCUGCCUUUGCCCUGCCUUUGCCCUGCCUUUGCCCUGCCUUUGCCCUGCCUUUGCCCUGCCUUUGCCCUGCCUUUGCCCUGCCUUUGCCCUGCCUUGCUCUACUGUAUUCUUUUAGGCCUUCCAGGAGCCCCAGGCUCACGUGGCCUAGCCGGCAACUACCCUCAAAUCAAUAUUGAUCACAUAGACAAAUGUCGUAUAUGUCCAUAUGGGCCAGAAGGCAAAGAAGGGCAACGAGGACCAGCAGGCUCUAUCGGUGUACCAGGCUCACGAGGUUUACCUGGUGACAACGGUCGACCAGGCAAACAAGGUCAAGCAGGAUCUGAAGGCAUAUCUGGUAUACCUGGAUUUCCAGGCAAAACUGGUCCAACUGGUGACAAGGGUCGUGAUGGUACUAUUGGUCGAAAAGGGCGACCUGGCAAUCCAGGAGCACGUGGACUAGCUGGUAAACGUGGAGAACCUGGAAAGCCUGGGGAAACUGGGCUCCCUGGACCUAUUGGACUAGCUGGUAGAGUUGGUAGAAGAGGUGAAGCUGGCAAUGCUGGUCAAAGUGGCAUACCUGGCACUCCGGGCAGGAAGGGGCUGCCGGGGAUGGACCAGCUGUACUGUAAAUGUCUUAGAAGAAACUUUGCUUUUAACGAACUUAAGAGUGUCAAUAUACCACAACCUUAUUUUUUAAAGGUAUAA